AAACAUCCAAACAACCACACGCAGAGAGAGAGAGAGAGAGAGAGAGAGAGAGAGAGAGAGAGCUUGGAUUAUGUGAAGGUUCUGCAGAAGAAGAAGAAGAAAGCUAAACAUGGAGGCGGCGACGCUGCAAAUAAAAAGGCUCAGAAGCUCCCGGCGCUCGACCACCGCCGCGAAGUCGGAUUUCUUCGACGGCUUGCCCGACGAUCUCGUCGUAUUCAUCCUCUGCAAGCUCAGCUCCUCCGCUUCCUCGCCUUCCGAUCUCAUCAGCGCCCUCAUCACGUGUAAGAGAUUGAACCGGUUAGGACUCCACUCUCUGGUGUUAUCAAAUGCCGGUCCAAAAGCAUUCGCAAUACGGGCCAAAAACUGGUCCGAUUCGGCUCACCGGUUUCUCAAACAGUGCGUCGGCGCCGGUAACGUCGAAGCCUCCUACACUCUCGGAAUGAUCCGAUUUUACUGUUUACAAAACCGAGGGAGCGGGGCCUCGCUCAUGGCGAAAGCCGCCAUGAGAUCCCACGCGCCGGCGCUGUACUCGCUCGCGGUGAUUCAGUUUAACGGCAGCGGCUGUUCGAAGAAAGGAAAGGACUUAAGAGCCGGCGUGGCUCUUUGCGCGCGAGCCGCUUCGCUCGGCCUCGUCGACGCACUCCGCGAGCUCGGCCAUUGCCUCCAGGACGGUUACGGAGUCAAGCAAAACGUCGCCGAGGGACGCCGAUUGCUGGUCCAGGCCAACGCACGGGAGCUCGCGUCCGUUCUACGUUCUUCCGCGGCGUGGCGGUCCCACCACUACCAGCACUUCUACGCGUGCCUGACGGGGCUGGUCAGCUGCCCUCUGCUGAGCGACUACGGAUGCAACGUCCCCGUACCGGAGUUCCACCCCGCAAACCGGUUCAUGAGGGAGUGGUUCGGGUCGGGGCGGUGGACGGCGGGGCAGGGUAUGAGGCUGUGCUCUCACAUGGGGUGCGGGCGGCCGGAGACGAGGCCGCACGAGUUUAGGAGGUGCUCGGUUUGCGGGACGGUGAAUUAUUGCUCGCGUGGGUGCCAAGCGCUGGACUGGAAGCUGAGACACAAAAUGAAGUGUAAGCCGAUGGAACGGUGGCUGGCGGUUGACGGUGAGGCAGAGGAGGAGUUGGGGGGACUGGUGCAGGGUGGGGAAGGUGAGAAUGUGGCAGUUGGAUAAUAAAUUGAUAUAUUUAAUGGAAAUAUAAAAAAAAAAAUUAAUUAAUUUCGAUGUGUUUUUAUUUCUUUUUUGUUAUGGGUAAAAUUACAUAUAUGUACAUUGGACUUGUUAAUAAUAUGUUAAGUUGGUUGGGUGUGGGGACAAAUUCGUACUUACAUAUUACAAACCCCACAAAAACAUGCAUGCAAAAUGCUAUGCCUAUGGAGUUAUUUUAUUAUAUGCUGUAAUUAGUGUGUUGUUAAAUAAUUAGAGGCUAUUGGAUUUAUUAGA